UUUUUUUUAUUUUUCAUUUCAUUCCUUACUAAAUAAUAAACAGGAUCAUAAAUCAAAUAAUAUAUUUUUUAUUCAACAAUAUAACAUUAAUAGUUUAUAAUAAUACAAUUAGUAAUAUUACACAUAAUUUUUUUUCAUCUGAGAAAAGAUUACCUAAAUUUUUGAAUUUAAAAAAUAUAAUAUUUAAAAAAUAAUAAUAACAGUAAAUAAUAGCAAUAAUAAUAUAAAAUCAAAUAAAAUGAGAGUAUUAUAUGUUCUAGUUUCAGCUUUUGCUUUAAUAAAUGCUGCAUUUGGUGAUAAUUGUACUGGAUUAGGUAAAGACCAAUGUCUUCAAAAAGAAAGUGAAUGUACUUAUUUGGAAAAUGGUUUAAAAGAUUGUUGCGGUGCUGAUUCCGGUUAUUGUGCACCAGUUGCUCCAGGAAGUGAUUGUCACACUUCAAGUACUUUAAGAUGUUGGGAAGAUUCAAAUAAUAAGAUUUAUCAAAGUUGGUCAAAUUGUUUCAAUUCUGACUUUGGUACCAAAUAUAAACAAUUUAACGAAUCUAACAAUAAUCAAGAAAAUAACCCAGGUGGCUGUACAUGGGUACCAGCUGAAAGCUGCGGUGAUAAUCAAAAUACAAUUUGUUGCUCAGGCCAUUGGAGAUGUGGGGGAAGCACUUCAGGCUCAUCAACCUCUGGUAGUAGCACUUCUGGAAGCAGCAGCACAUCAGGCACAUCAUCAACCUCUGGUAGUAGCACUUUUGGCGGUACAUCAACUGGUAGUGCUUGUUCAAAUAUUGAAUGCCCAAGAUACGAAGUGUGCGAGGAACACAAUGGUCAAGCUGUUUGUGUAAAGAAAAGACCAAGUAGACCACCAAGACCAACCAUUAAUCCAAACAGAUAUGUCUGUGACAACGUACAUUGUCCAAGAGGUUUCCGUUGUAGACCAGAAAAUGGAAUUGCUACCUGUGUCAGAGGUUAUGAAGUACCAAGAGUUUGUAGAAAUACUAGAUGUCCAUCAGGUUACAGAUGUGAAGACCACAACCGUGUUCCAAUUUGUGUCGCUACUCGUAGAUUAAAUCCAGAUAGUUGCUUAACUUGUGAUGAUGUUAACUGUGAAGCCUCAGGUUUUGUUUGUAUUAUGACCAGAGCUCGUUGCAGAAUUGGUGCCGCUAAAUGCUGUGAACAACAACCAACCUGUAUUAAGCCAUCAACCAUUGCUGGUUCAACAAUUGCCACAACUGCUUCAACAAUUGCUACUACUGGUACAUCAGGUGCAUCAAACCCAUGCUCUGGCAUUACUUGUCCAACCAACUACACAUGUAAUGUUCAAUUAGGUACUGCUGUCUGUAUGCCAACUCCAAGUUCAUCAGAGUCUUCAACAGCAUCUUCAUCAGCUCCAUCUUCAUCAGCUUCAUCAGCUUCAUCUUCCGCCUCAUCAGCUGCUACCACCACUACUACUACCACUGAUGCCGCUACCACCACUACCACUACCACUGAUGCCGCUACCACCACUACUACUACCACUGAUGCCGCCACCACCACUACUACUACCACUGCACCAGCUACCACCACUGCCGAUGCCACUACCACUGCACCAGCUACCACCACUGCCGAUGCCACCACCACUGCACCAGCUACCACCACUGCCGAUGCCACCACCACUGCACCAGCUACCACCACCGCUGAUGCUACCACCACCGCUGAUGCCACCACCACUGCUACAUAAGCCCAAUUGAAAAAGAAAUAACUUCAUUUUUUAAAAAUAAUAUUACUUUUUAAAUUUAUAUUAUUAACAGUAUAAAAAAAACUUUUUAAAAAAAAAAUAAAAUAAUUUUAAUUAAAAAAAUAGUUUAUUUAAAAUUUU